AUGAGCCUCCUGUCCAGCCGUGCGGCCCGUCUCUCCGGUCCUUCGGGCUCCUUGUGCGCGCCGCUGGCGCUGCUGCUGCUGCUGCUGACGGCGCCGGGGCCCCUCGCCAGCGCUGGUCCUGUCGCUGCUGUGUUGAGAGAGCUGCGCUGCAUUUGUUUACACACUACGGAGCGAGUUCCCCCCAAAAUGAUCAGUAAUCUGCAGGUGUUCACCCCAGGCCCGCAGUGCUCCAAGGUCGAAGUGAUAGCCUCCAUGAAGAACGGGGAGGAAGUUUGUCUUGAUCCAGAAGCCCCUUUUCUAAAGAAAGUCAUCCAGAAAAUUUUGGACAGGUACUUGUCACUUUGA